AUGCUGCUGCCAUCUGACGUCGCUCGUCUCGUUCUGGGCUAUCUUCAGGAAGAAGGUCUGUCGGCCACAAGCGUAGCAUUCAUCCAGGAGAGCCCAAACCUGAAAGAAUAUAAAGAACACAGCCUGGGAGAUGGAGCGCUUCCUGCGUGUGUGUUUUCUGUCUUUGGAAAGGGACUAACAACCAUUUUAAAUGAGUAUAUGGCUGUAAAAACAAAAGAGACUUGCCAUGAAGUGCCUGCCGUGAUGACAUCAUUGUGGAAAAAACUGGAUUUUACACUCAAACAAAUAAAGUCCUUACAGAGCUCUCCAACUAUAUCAUCAGCCAGUCAGAGAGCACGUUCUCGUGUUGGACUGGCAAACUUGACAAAACAACGGGUUUUAACCGUGUCUUCAGCAAGCACUUCAACAAGCAGUCUUGUGUGCUCCUCUCAAACAAGCUUAAUCAGCAGCCCAGCAAUCAGCUCACAGAGUAUGCUGAGCCACUCCACCCCUGAGAGCUACAGUGCACCAGAAAUCAGAGCACCUCCAGGCAGUGCAACACGUCAGGUCUUCCAUGAUGGCAAUAGAUUGAACAAUAUACAGAGGGAUUCCCCUAUACAGAUAAUCAUUUCAGAACAGCGAUCAAAUCCAGGACCAAUGUCCCCAGGGCGACGGAAAUGGGACACACCAAGGAAAAGGAGCGGUGCCCUGGGAUGCUCAAAUGGUACUGGCAAGUCUACCGCACCUGCUACGAAUAUCACUGCUGAACCUCAACCAGAGGAAGUUGUUGAUGAAAACUUUCCUCAACUAGUGAUACAAAAUGCUCGGGACAAGAUAUUGGGAGACAGAUCGUUGCAGGAAAAGCUUGCUGAAAAUAUCAACAAAAUACUUGCAAAUGAACCAACUCCGCAAACACCAAAGCCCCUGUUAAGUUCAAUGGAAGAUGACCAGUCAAUUGAUGAGAUCCUCGGAUUACAGGGAGAAAUACAUAUGAGUGAGGAUGCAAUCCAUGACAUUUUGAAGCAAACAGAAUCCGACCCUGCCUUUCAAGCCCUGUUUGACCUCUUUGACUAUAACAAAACUCGAACUGAUGGAGAACCAGGAGUUGUUGACAAUACACCAGCGGAGAGUGAUACUGACGGACCACCGUCAACUUCAUCUACAGUUGGGCAGCCCCAGAGUAACCAUGAUCCAGGUGCUACACUGCAAGACACCUCAGAUUUAACAGCAGCAAUGGUGAAGAACAAAGCUGUACCAGAACGCAAGACCAGAAAACCGAACUCUAUGUUAAAGAAGGCUGUUAUCGUGUCGAGCAGCAAGUCUUCCCUGAUAGAAAAUAGCACUAAUAAAGUGCUAAAUACGCUUGAGGAUCUUCCUGAUCAAAACAGAACGCAAAAAGCCUCACUUUUCAAUCACAGUGUUGAUGUAUCACCAAUGGAUAUUGACACAACAUUGGAUACUUCAGCUAUUUUAAAGAGUACACAGACUUUCAGGGAACUGGAGAGUGUCAGUAAGGACAUCUUACCAACCACAAUGUCCCUCAUUGACUCAACAUCUGUCCUUUUACCUGGAGCCAGUGCAACAGUGGAACCAGUCAUAAAUGUUGACAAUCAAAGAAAAAGUAAACAAGAACAAAUAUCUCUUGAUCAAUCUGCUAAAUCUUUACCUUCACAGCCUGCAUUUUUAUCUCCUGCACACGAUACUUUAAUUGGAAGCAACUCUCAUACUUCUGUUCCAGUCAGUUGUGUAACAACUCAACCUCAAAUGAGUCUCACAGUAACACCCCAGACUUCCCCGACCACAUUUUCUUUUGGAGGUGACACCAUUUCCAACACCACUGAAAAGAAUGUAGUAUCGACUUGUUCCCCUCUAGCUCACUCUUUCAGCACAACUCAUACAUAUUUGCUUGGCUCAUCCACAUUCACUUCUACCGCAUCUUCAAAUUCUAGUGUACUAAGCCCUGCUGAAUCUAGUUCUACGACCAGCAAUUACAAGCCCCCAAGUAAAGCUGCAACUGAUUCGAAUAACAUUGUUUCUUUGAAGAUCAUCAUCAGUGAUAACCCAGAUGAGGAUUCCCCAAGUGACAAAACUCUUAGUCAACCAAUUUCCAGCAUUUCUACUGAAAAGCUACCCACGAUCUAUCUUUCAUCCCCCGUCAAGUCACCCAGAGGACCUGGCACACCAAGAGGCAAUAACUUGGAUGAAACUGCACUUGCUGUCCGCGGCUUACAAAGCUCAGAAGCAAUAGCUAAUUCGCCCAGUAGACCCGGAGCAUUAGUUCCAUCUCAUCUCAUGGGAACAACAACACAGACUCAACAAAGCUACAUUAUUCAACUACCCUUAGACACUGCUAGCACUGGGCUCCAAGCAGGAACCGCAAGCUAUUUCCUCAUGACAGAGCCCCUGACAGCAGAUAGUUCAGGUAGACAGGUGCAAGUGCCGACAAGUUCCUCAAAAGUACCAAUUUUACCCAAAAAUAGCCACUUCAAUGUUUCCACAGCAAGUCCAGCGCAAAGCUUUGUUACUGGAUCAGCACUCAUCUUGCCAUCACCCGUGAAGCCAGUGAUGCUUCCCGUGUCCGUUGUGGGGCAGAAUUCUCCUGGAAAUGUCCAAAUGAUGGCUAAUCAAACUCUAACUGUCGAGUCGAACCUUUCCACAUUUGCUGUCAAAAAUUCCACAAAUCUUGGAAUUGUACCCAAUGGGGCGACGCAGAACCUUCAGAAUGCAAUUCAGCCACAUGAACCAAAGGAUUCCAGUUCUAGCCAUAAGAGAAUUCUAUGUUUUGAGCCAUCUACCAAGGAUCAACCACAAACUUCUAAAACAGCAACAAUGGCCACCACCUCAGCUACAAAUACAUCAACUUCCCAACGUGUUACACAGACUAAGAGAGGUCGUCCUUGUACAAGGCCAGCUAUCCUCAGUGGAAAUAAGCCUAAACGGAAAAUUGAGACUGUCAGGCUCUCAGGAGAUUCCAAAGCUGAAGGGAAUUUGGUUACGCCUAUUUCUCCUCCUCAAAAACAAAACCAUGUCAAUACUAACUCCGUUAAACAAGAUGACAUCCUCAGUCAAGAUCCUCAAACUGCACAUGAGACCAUGGCUGAACUGUCUCAGCUUGAGUCUGUUAAAAGCUCAGAACCAAGACCUAAAUUGAAAUCCGCAGCUAAGAAACACAGUCACAAUAAGGAGGCAAUAAAUGAUGAAGCCAAACAGAAGGAUUUUGGUAGCUCAAAGACGACUUCCGAUUCUGUGCUAAAAUCAAUAAGCAGUGAAGACAAAGGCGUGAGCAGCGGCAAGGAGCACGCAGAAGAGCAGGUAGAGAACAACACGCAGCCUAAAGACAAGCCUAAUAUAGCUGACAAAGAAAAUAAAUUGAUAGAUUGCUUACAAGAGCAGCCGCCAUCUUUGCACACACCUGUAUCUACAACACUAGCAGACCUAAUCCCUCCAGCUGUCACAGAAACAUCAAGUUCCCAAUUCAAAAUAGCCAAAUUUCCCUCCAAGACCAGCUCUUUGGCUAUACAGGCAACCGAGAUGCUGCAAAACAUUCAAGUGCUCAACUCUCCUCCCAAACCUGAUAAGACAACAGGACUCAACAACCCAGAACUUACUGGUCCUCGAACCCCGGGAACAGGUGGCAACCAGACAGAGGCUAUGAGUUGUCCAAAGACUCCUCUGCAACAGAAGAAAGGUAAAGAUGCAGAGGGAACGCCGAAGAAUAUUCCUCGCCAUAAUACCUCAGAAGUCCCCACCUGCAGCCCCGCCAGUGAGGCUGGCAGCGAAAACAGCAUCAAUAUGGCCGCCCACACCCUAAUGAUCCUGUCGCGUGCCGCCAUUGCCAGGACUGGCAGUCCGCUCAAAGACAGUUUGCGCCAGGAAGCAGGCGAAAAGUCUCCUACAAGUUUGAAGACUUCAAAGAAGCGCAAACUGUCCACUCCCACUGCUAGCCCUCCUGUUAAGAAGUCCUCAAAACUGUCCCCUGCUAAAAAGAAGAAACGGGAAAGGAAGAACUUCAUGAAUUGCUUCCCCCAGGACUUCGAUGUGGAUAAGUUUCUUUCUUCACUUCAUUACGAUGAAUGA